UACACCUUUGCUGAGUCUAUUCUUCUCAUUUACUUAAGGCUCAGGCAACCAUCAAGCGCUAAGACCCUGAGGAAUCCAGGCAGCAUGGCACCACCGGUCACUGUCAGAUUCCAGUUGCUCUUCUUGAGAGCAAUAGGUUUUCUCAUAGGCUUAAUAGGCCAAGCUGCUCGUGCUUUUGGCAGCCACAAAUUUGACUCAAAGACCACGGGGCCAGUGACUGAACCAUUGCUCCUGCUCUCCGGGGUACAAUUGGCCAAAAUGAUUCGACAGAGGAAGGUGAAAUGUAUAGAUGUUGUCCAAGCUUAUAUCAACAGAAUCAAGGAUGUAAACUUAAUGAUCAAUGGAAUUGUCAAGUACAGGUUUGAGGCAGCCAGAAAAGAGGCACUUGCUGUAGAUCAAAGACUUGCAGAGAGGCAAGAAGAUGAAACUGUCCUAGAAAAGAAAUGGCCAUUACUUGGUGUUCCUUUGACAGUAAAAGAAGCUUUCCAGCUACAAGGAAUGCCCAAUUCUUCUGGCCUUGUGAACCGUCGUGAAGCAAUUUCAAAUACUGAUGCCACUGUGGUUGCGUUACUGAAGAAGGCUGGUGCCAUUCCUCUUGGAAUAACUAAUUGUAGUGAGUUGUGCAUGUGGUAUGAAUCAAGUAACAAGGUCUAUGGCCGAUCCAACAAUCCAUAUAACUUACAGCAUAUCGUCGGUGGAAGUUCUGGUGGUGAGGGCUGCACCCUGGCAGCUGCCUGUUCAGUUAUUGGUGUGGGAUCUGAUAUUGGUGGCAGCAUUCGGAUGCCUGCUUUCUUCAAUGGCAUUUUUGGACACAUGCCUUCACCAGGUGUGGUUCCCAACAAGGGUCAGUUCCCUAAGGCUGGGGAAGCCCAGGAGCGGUUCCUGUGUACUGGUCCAAUGUGUCGCUAUGCAGAAGACCUGAUCCCCAUGCUGAAGGUCAUGGCAGGACCUGGGAUCAGAAAAUUAAGACUGGAUGCAAAAGUACAUUUAAAGCACUUGAAAUUUUACUGGAUGGAACAUGAUGGAGGGUCAUUAUUAAUGUCCAAAGUAGAACAAGAUCUCAUUCAGGCCCAGAAAAAGGUUGUGAUUCACCUUGAAACUAUCCUUGGAGCCUCAGUUCAACAGGUCAAACUGAAACAAAUGAAAUAUUCUUUUCAGUUAUGGAUCAAAAUGAUGUCAGCAAAGGGACUUGAUGGGAAGGAACCUGUGAAAUUUGUGGAUCUGCUUGGUGACCAUGGGAAGCCUAUCAACCCUCUGUGGGAAUUGAUUAAAUGGUGCUUUGGUGUGUCAGUGUAUACUAUUCCUUCCAUUGGGCUGGCUUUGUUUGAAGAAAAACUCAGAUACAACAAUGAGAAAUACAAAAAGUUUAAGAAGAUAGAAGAAAGUCUCCACAAAGAGCUGGUGGAGAUGUUACAUGAUGAUGGUGUGUUCUUAUAUCCCUCACAUCCCACAGUAGCUCCCAAGCAUCAUGUUCCUCUAACAAGGCCUUUCAACUUUGCUUACACAGGUGUCUUCAAUGUCCUGGGUUUGCCUGUGACUCAGUGCCCACUGGGUUUGAAUACCAAAGGACUUCCUUUAGGAAUCCAGGUUGUGGCUGGACCCUAUAAUGAUCACUUAACCUUGGCUGUGGCCCAGUACUUGGAGAAAAGUUUUGGGGGCUGGGUAUGUCCUGGAAAGAUUUAGCAGGAUAUUCUCCAGGUGAAAGUGUGUGUAUGAGUGUGUUUCUUGAUUGGGUAAGAUAAAAGACAGCAGAGAAACAGAUACAAAAACAAUGUAGAAUUUAUUCACAUAUUCAGUUAUUCUUCUGCUUUUAUCUAUUUCAGUUUUUCCUUACUGUAAUGGUCAUAAUUGAUUUCCACUUUCAUUUGAUUAGAAAAUAUGCUUAUGUAAAAAGAUAAGGGCAAUAUAAUUUCCAAAUGUUCUAAUGGUGUCUGUUUUAUAUGAAGUAUGGAGAGCAAAGGAACGGUUAACUCUAAUGAGAACAUCUUAGGAAAUAGCACAAAAGAAAUUAUGCUUAAACUGAGAAUAGAAAGACACUUAUGUGUUUUCCAGCAUGGAGUAAAACAAUUAUAUUAAAAAUGACCAAUAACAACAAAACAAAGCAUAAGACUGCACAGUAUAUUUGCGCAGCAGUACAAUGGUAAGACAGUUUUGGAGAUGCAGAGGGGUAUAGAUGCAAUGAGGCCAUAACUGGUAAAGGACUUCCAAUGCCAAAAGGUUAAAAAACUAUUUCAUAUUUUUCUCCAGUAAGC